UUUUUUGUCUGCCUCACUCUAGCAUGGUGAAAGCAGAGCGAGAGGCAGAGAAAAUAUAUCCAAAAAGCAACUGGAUGAUCAGAGGGGAGUGAGGAACCAGGGAAGCAGUGCACAACUGCGAUACUUUCAAAGUCACAACUGCACAUUGUCACAUAUGGAGCGGAAACCAUGGCUUUGAUAUUCACCAGCUACCAACAAUUGGGAACUGCAAGUGAUUAAAGAGAAACCUGUGUAUUUAAAAAAAAAAAAAAUUGGACCUGCACAGGAGUGGCACAGUGGUGGUGUAUUGCUGCACUAGUUAUCUCUUUCAUUCUGGAGGAUUCUGGAGAGCUUGAUUUUUUCUGUGGUCAUUUCAUGUUGUUUCCUUAGUAUUGGAUAGCAGAGGAUUUAUUGUAGGAUAACGUGAAGGGCGAUCUGCAAUGCCCUUUGCCAAGCGGAUUGUUGAGCCCCAGUGGCUGUGUAGGCAUGCUGUCACCCUGGUAGAGGGGAGCUGUUGCCGGGAUCAGGGGGAAGACCAGAGGCAACAGCACCCCCGGGGGAAUGCCAGGGAAGAAUUGGCAGUUACUGUGGCAUCUUCCGUACAGGUGCCCACAGAAGAGAGGGAACCUUUACCUAUUGAUGGUGGUCAGGAAAAAGAUGUGUCGACUUUGGAUUUGUGCGCAGUCAACAACGUUGCGAUGUCACGGAUUUUGCGUCAACUUUCGGAUAUGGCGCGGCAUGCCUGCUCUCUUUUCCAUGAAAUUGAAGCAGAGAUUCAGGUUACUGCACGGCGUGUACGAGCGCUGCAAGGGAAGAUCGGUACAGUCCAGCAGGUCGUCAGCAGCCUGGAUCCAAAGCAGGAGACAGUGCCGGUUUCGAACCUUGAUGCAGAGAGCAAGCUCAGUGUGUAUUACAAAACAUCCUGGCAUCAGCAGAGGAACAUUUUCCUACCCACUACUAGACCCACUUGUGUGGAGGAGCUACACCGCCAUGCCAAGCAAAGCCUGCGUUCCAUGCGGAGGGAGCAACGUGUCCGAGCGGAAAAUAGAGAGAGGCGGCUUCUCAGCUCUGGUUUUGCUGCACCUCCACUCCCCACAUACCCAGCUCAUAGUCUAAAGAGGCGAGAAGUGAAGGAACGACCCCUUGUACCAUUUAACAGAACCCGUCCACCCUCCCCCACUGAAUGUUGCCAUUUGACCCCAUGGAGUAGAAAGGCCCAUCCACCCGAGGAGGAAGAUGAUAUGAUUUUAGGACAGAGACCAAAAAACCCAAUCCCUAAUGUACCAUCUACGCUGGAUAAGCAGACCAACUGGAACAAAGCUUUACCGCUCCCCACGCCUGAGGAGAGGAUGAAACAGGACUCCCAAGUGAUUACUUCUUGCAUUAUCCCCAUCAAUGUCACUGGAGUUGGUUUUGACAGAGAAGCAAGCAUCCGUUGCUCCUUAGUUCAUUCACAAUCUGUUCUGCAGCGGAGGCGGAAACUGAGGAGAAGAAAAACCAUAUCGGGAAUUCCCAGAAGAGUUCAACAAGAAAUAGAUUCAGAUGAAUCUCCUGUAGCACGUGAACGGAAUGUUAUAGUUCAUAACCCUGAUCUAGCAAAUUCUGCAAAUAGGAGAUCUGGAACCCGAGAUACUGAGUGCCAAACUGAAGACAUUCUCAUUGCUGCUCCCUCACGAAGAAGAAUUAGAGCUCAGAGGGGUCAAGGCAUUGCAGCAUCACUCUCUCAUUCUGCAGGAAACAUUGCAGCCCUAACUGAGAGCGGAGACCAAAUGUACACCACAAAUGUGUCUAGCCGGAUUCGGUCUCGUAGUCUUCCUAGAGAAGGCGCAAGAGCAAGCAAUGAUCAUGACCGUGGUGCUCAGUCCUCAACCUAUAAAGAUGACUGCUUUAUACCAAGCUCAGAGAGGGCACUGAAGAAGAAGGAAGAACAUUUUACUAUCCAAGGUUCCCCUGAACUCCAGCCUCUGGGGCUAUCAUAUUCCCACCACAGUCCACAAUUAAAUGAAAGGGGUAGAUCAAGGCUAUCAAGAAUGGCAGAUUCAGGCAGCUGUGACAUUUCAUCAAAUUCAGACACAUUUGGAAGCCCUGUUCACUCCAUUUCAAAUGCAGGAGUUUUGCUGAGCACACACAUAGAUCAGAAAGAUGAUCAUCAGUCAUCUAGUGGUAACUGGAGCGGAAGCAGUUCCACAUGUCCUUCACAGACAUCAGAAACAAUUCCUCCAGCUGCGUCUCCUCCAUUGACUGGGUCUUCACAUUGUGAUUCAGAGUUGUCUUUGAACACUGCUCCCCAUGCCUGUGAAGAUUCUAAUAUAUUUACCAUUGAACAGUACGGCGAUGACCAUUUGGAAAGCAUUAGAGCUCACAGGUCCAGUUCCUUUACAUCUACAGUUGCAGAUUUGCUUGAUGACCCUAAUAACAGUAAUACAAGUGACAGUGAAUGGAAUUAUCUUCACCAUCACCAUGAUGCAUCAUGUCGUCAAGACUUCAGCCCCCAGCACUUAAAGGCAGAUGGCUUAGGUUGCCCUAGUUUUACUAGCAUGGGUACAUACGAUAGCUUUCUUGAGAAGCCAGCAUCAGAGAAAGCAGACACAGGAUCUCAUUUCUCUGUGGACACUGAAGGAUAUUAUACCUCCAUGCAUUUCGACUGUGGUCUUAAUAGUAAUAGGAGUUAUAUUUGUAACUAUGCACAGUCAGGGACUGAGAAUGACCAAGAUACCGGAGUUUCUUCCAUGAAUACAGACUGUGUUUGGCACUGUUAUGUGGAUCACAGAAGAGAAGGGAGACAGAACAUGUCAUUUAAGAAACCAAAGGCAAAGCCACCACCACCAAAACGCGGUUCAUCUUUGAGAGAUUCUGAAGACCACACAGAUGUUCUUGAAAAUAAAGAACCAAAGAAAACCAGUGCACAGCAAGUUCUUCACAGCUCGAAGGAAAUGAAGCUACCACUUGAUAUUUCAAAUACACCUUUGAGAAAGGAAAACUUUUCUCCACCAAAUCAACAGGACAUUCCUUGGGUCAGUAUGGAUUAUGAUUCAAAGAGUACUCCGUAUAUUACUCCAGAUAUUCCAGCAUUUAAAGAUGAAGGAGAUGAACAGACUCACUAUGCAGAUCUGUGGCUCCUCAAUGACUUGAAAUCAAGUGAUCCUUAUAGAUCUUUAUCAAAUUCAAGCACUGCUACAGGUACAACUGUCAUAGAAUGCAUCAAGUCACCAGAAAGUUCAGAGUCACAAAAUUCACAGCCUGAAUCUCGAGCCACCACUCCUUCUCUUCCUUCAGUUGAGAAUGAAUUUAAAUUAGCUUCACCAGAAAAGUUGGCAGGGUUAGCAUCACCAUCAAGUGGCUACUCUAGCCAAUCAGAAACACCUACUUCAUCCUUCCCUACUCCUUUCUUUACUGGCCCCUUAUCACCUGGUGGUAGCAAGAGAAAGCCAAAGGUUCCAGAAAGAAAGUCAUCUUUACAGCAUCCUUCAAAGUGUGGUAAUAUUUUCCUAAGCAAAGACCUAGAACUUCCUACUAUACCUCCAACCCAUCUUGACCUAAGUGCUCUUCAUGUGUUACAUAAACCAUCCCCUUACAGACCACAGGUACUCGCUUUCAGUCAUGCCAAUCAAAAUGUGUCAGAGGAAGAACUCACCUCAAAGUCAUCUCCAGCUCUUGCCAUAACACCUUCAGUAUUGAAAACUGUACAUCUGAGAACAGUCAACAAGCAACAUAGGGAUUCCAGGAAUAAGGAAAUCACUAACAUUUUAUGUACGCAAGAUCCUACAAUAAUUGUGGACACGUAUCCCCCUGAGAAAACAAAUUUGCCAGCACCUAAGAAAUCUAUAUUGCGUCAGUACUCCACUGAAGAAGCCAUGCUACCUUUUAUUGAUGCUUCACCGGUUGAAACAAGCCCAGAAAUGUUUUUUCAAGCAAGUGCUCUAUUCACUGGACAUGGUUUAUACAAACCAGAAGUAACAGCCCCUUUGAUUAGCAGAAUUAAAGAAGCUGAACCAGAGAUUAACCAAAAAUAUCGGGCUGAAGACAUAAUAGAAGAAACUAUAUUCACAGCACAACCAGAAACCAUUACAAAAUAUGUAAAAGAUUAUUCUGCCAAUACUAAUAAUUUUACAAGUGAACAAAGGAAUCGUUCUCAAGAGGAAGGACAAUCCAAGACAAAACAAGAGAUUCAAGUCCAUUGUGAACCUUUAACCAUAUCAGAUCUUGUCAAAAGAAAUAACAUUGGGUUUGAUGUGCAAGACAAUACUGCUGAGAUGUCUACAUUGCCCAGCAAUGAACCUGACUUAAGCAACAAUGACAAAGUGCCUGGAAAUACUCUCAGCUUUGAAUCAGAGAUCUAUACUUUUAAUCCACUCAGUGACGAAUGUCCGGAGCAGGAAUCUCACAUUGUAUCAGGUAUUCCAACCAAAAGUGCCUCAGAGGACAACAGAACAGAUGAUGCAUUGGAAAGCAUGGAUGAUGCUUCCUGGAAAGAAUCCUCACAAAGCGAUGACUCUCUUUUAUCACCAAUGAGUGAGGAUUCCCAGGCCGACACCGAUGAUGUCUUUGUGUCUCCUAACAAACCCCGCACUACUGAGGAUCUUUUUGCAGUUAUUCACAGAUCUAAAAGAAAAGUUUUGGGAAGAAAAGAUUCCGGAGAGGCCACUGCAAAAAACAAAGCAAAAGCUUUAUCUGGACCACCCCAACAGGCCACACCAGCGAGUUCUCAGAGGUCUGCAGGUCUUAUCUAUAGGAAUGCCAAAAAGUCAAACACAUCAAAUGAAGAAUUUAAGUUACUCCUUCUGAAAAAGGGCAGCAGGUCGGAUUCCAGUUACCGCUUAUCAGCUACUGAAAUACUGAAAAGCCCAGUUACACCUAAAUCACUUGGCGAUCUGUCCCUGGACUCCUCUAACUCUGAAGACUCUGCACAGUUGUCGCCUGGUAAUGACGCAUUUUCCCCAUUAUCACCUUGUUCCCCCCGAGUAAUAUCAGAAGGAUUUUCAACAAAGACUAUGUCUGCUGCCUCUAGAGUUGGCAGGUCUCGAGUGCCUCCUGCUGCAAGCAGUAGUCGUUACAGCGUCAGGUGCCGCCUCUACAUUGCCCCAAUGCAGGCCAUCUCUGAAGGCGAGACAGAAAACUCAGAUGGCAGUCCUCAUGAUGACAGAUCUUCACAGAGCUCAACGUAGUACUAGAAUUACGGUAAAUGUGCAACAGCUUGAUUCUAAGAUAAAAGCAACUGCCCAUUGCCAGAAGGAAGAAAUCUUUACAAACCACAUUUGAACAAUUUGCUAUUGGACUAUAGUGUAUGAUGGAAAUAUAGAAGAAGAAUUUGGUUUGUAUUGCUUUCCGAUGAACUUUACUGAAAAUAUUCACCUGCCUGGGAAUACCAAUAUUAAUUUAUCGAAAAAACUGCAGGGUGCUCUAAAUGUUAAGGAUGUAAAAAAGUAUAGAAAAAAAAAUACAAUGGACUAAAGAAAAUAUUAGUGCAAUUACUUCUCAUUUAGAAUUCUUGAAACUUACGUUUAUCUAAGCUAUUCUUUUUCUUUAAAAGUAGUUCUUAUAUAUCAGUGAUCUAAUAAAUCCACUUUAAAGGGGACGUAAAGGGGAAAAGAUAUUGCUAUGGAUAAUCCGCUCAUAUUGUAAAAAAUAAUAUUAAACCAUUACUUUGCUGAAGUGCUUCCCUGGGAACUAAGCAGAUGAAAAAAAAAAAAAUUCUUAAAAAUAGGUAUUUUUGUACAUUAGGAAUUAAAAAUAGUAGAUCAAACUUUCAAAGUAACUAAAAGACUGUAAAUAACUUAUUUUUGAUAAAAUUGUAAAUACGAUUAUUAAACUAAAAGUGGAUAUGCAGCCAAUGAAUAAUAAUGCAUUAGACAUUCUGCAGAGUACAGUAUGUUUAACGCUCAUAAAUGAUGUGUUGCAGCACAUAGGAGGUUAAAAAUGAAUUUAGAGGGUUAAUAGGUAAUUGUAUUCUGUGAAUACAGUUAUCCUCUUCUGCAUCACAGUUAUACUUGAUCAUAACCAUUAUUAGUAAAGAUGAUAACAGCCUCAAAUUUCUUUUUUGUACAUUUUUUAAUGAUCAAUUAUAUGUUUUUUUUUAAGGUGUUCCUUCCUAUGUAAUAUGAAUUUGAAAGUACUGUAGCAUUUAUUCUACUUUUCCUAUUUACUAUUGAGUUGAACAGCAAGCCAAUCAAAUCCAGAAGGGUAACACUGGCUUCUUAUGAUAUAGGUCUGCAAACCAAGAAUUGCUUGUUGUCAGUGAGCCAUCUUGAAUAUAAACUAUGUGGCAAGGUUAAUCAGCCAUCCAUUUUUAAAACUAUUUUCUAUGGGACUAUCUGCAGUAAAAUAUUUUCCAAAUUGUUUAUAAUCAAGACAAAUAUGUUCUGGCAUCAGUACAAAAAUAGUAGUUUUCUAGUGUUUGCACAAAACAGAUGAGAGGUGCUAUUGUGAAAAGCAAUUUACUGGAUUAUAAUCUAAUUGUAUAAAGUAGGACACCUGAUGGAAGUGCCAUUAAAAAAAUAACAAUACUGUGACAGACUACAUGAGAGCACAAUAAUGUAAUUAAAAUAAAAUAAAUGCAUGUGUGUGUGUGUGUGUGUAUAUAUAUAUAUAUAUAUAUACACACACACACACACACACACACACACACCAGACACACCUGUUGAACUGUGCACUGAUUUAAGAUCAAAAUUUCUCCUUGUGGAAGAGUGUGUUACAUCACUCAGACCCGAUAAACAUUAAUGACUACUAUUGAAGCUGUUGAGUGAAUGUAAGGGAAGGUGAAUACUUGGUUAGAGUAAGUUUUGUUUUCAGUAUAUAUUAUUAUUAUUAUUAUUAUUAUUAGCAUGUAUUGACAACAUUGUUCAUGAUUUAUUUCUAGGAUGUAUGGCUUUUAUGUAAUUGACAAAAGAGUAAGAAACUGUUCUCUGAAGCUCAAAAUACCCACAGUUUUUGUUGAAUGCAUCUUCAGUGCUUUUAACAAAUCAACUAAAUCAAAAGUCCUGAAGGUCUUUCUUUAGCAAAUCAUUAAUUGAGUCUGAAACAAAGUCAGUAAUUUAUCCAUACAGUACAGCAAAUUAAUAUUAUAUAUCCAACUAUUAUAGUGAUAGGCCCAGUCAAAAGCUGGAAAUGAAGCAAUGGAAGGUUGACAUGUGACUCACUACCCCAUAUCUACAUACUGCUUGGUACAGCAAUGUUCAAGUAAACAGCAAUGAACCAUUAAAUUUUGCAGUUGGACAUGUGAUUCAUAUACAGUAUGAAUAGUAGUGCUGAUAUUAUUAUACAAGCAAAUGUAGUAAUCAUAUUAUUAUAAUAUACAUAAUAUACAUAGACAGAAUUGCAGUACUGGAAUUAAUUAAAAUACAGGACAGCAUUUCCUUGGCUAAACGUGGUAUAAGUUAAAAGAGCAAUCACGUACGCCACUGCAAACCUAGGCCCAGAUUUAUCAAGCCUUGGAGAGUGAUAAAUUGCACACUGAUAAAGUACCAACCGAUCAUCUCCCAACUGUAAUUUUUGAAACACAGCUUGUAACAUGACAGUUAGGAGCUGAUUGGCUGGGACUUUGUCACUGUGCAAUUUAUCACUCUACAAGGCUUGAUAAAUCUGGGCCACAGUUGGCUGUAAGUCUCUGUGUGUAUGGCCCCAAAUAACCAUCUGAUCACAAAUGGUCACAUGUAGAUCUAGACUAACAGUAAAUUCUGUUGGAUGUAUCUAGCUGUGUAUGAGCUCAUUUUUUAAUGGUGCCCCUCUGACUAAACAGUUCAGACACUGCAACGAGAUUUCGGACCUACCAGCUUUAGCUACACAUUAGGAUGGCCAAAUCUGACACUGCUCUAGAUCCACAACGUGUGCACGGACUUGAUAUUUAUGAAGGUAAAUCCAUUAUAAAUGUGUCCAUAAGUGCAGACUUGAUUUAAAGGACAUAGAAAGUUCAAGUGGAAGAGAUGAGCAGACCAAAAAAUACUUGAAAUUAAAUGUUUUAAUAAGAAAACAGUGGAAAUUUGAAAAAAGUGAUUUUUAAAUUUUGAUUUCAAACAGGACAUACAGUAGACGUCAGUAAGAAUUCUGGUCAAAUAGAUGAAAGUGAGUAAUGUUUACAUCACACAUAACUAAUAAGUUAAUGAGAAAGAGAAUGAGUAAGUUGAGCAGAUUGUCUGUGACAGGGACUGUUGUGGUUGAGCUAGAAACGCAUUAGAGAAGCUUAACACAAGGAAUAUUAAGAAAGUUUAAUUAGAAUUUUUUAUUUAUACAGAUCAAAGGACUUUAUAUACAGUAUAUAUAUAUGUCUUUGCACUUGCUGACAGUUGGCCUGGUGCAGUAUACUGGGUGCAUGUUGCUCCUGCGUGCAUGGAAAAAGUGUGUAAAGCCACCCAUAAGCAAAGCUAAGCACAUCUUGCAAUAUGACUACCCCUUAUCUGGACAGUUUGCUAUUAGUCAUCAUCAUUAUCAGUUUACACUUGCACUCAUACUAUACUAGGUGCAUAACAUACUGUAUGCCUGCAAACAGGCGUAUUUCCGAUUAUGCCCAACUUUACAUAGCCCACCGCUACUUUGACAUUGAACUUUGCCUACGUGGGAAGCCCUAGAUACAUACAGCCAAGAUGUGAUUCUUCUAUCAUAAGUGUAGACGUGAUUCAAAUGCGUAUAACUCUGUAUGGGGGGUGCAAAAACACCCUAGAUACUGUCCACUAACAGGUGUACAUUCAACACAGUAUCAAUCCCACUGUCUUCAUAAAAUGACUCCGCCCCAUGGAGUAAUAGGUCAUGGGGUCCUCAGAUAUUUAUACAGGAUAUCUGUACUUAGGAAUCAGUUAAUGAAAGUGUUUAGAAAUUAAUACUAAGGGAAACUGGGGAUUUAUCCCACAAAAAAAGAAAGAAAAAUCACAUACCAUGGUUCUCCUGCCAUUAAGAUUUCAGUUUAACGUGUAUAACUAUUACAAUAAGAUAUGUAAUAAAUUUCAAAUACGUAGAGAAGGGUGGUCAUUAUCCAUAUUUAAUGGAAAUUAUGUGAAUGAAUAUGAAUACCCCAAAAUUAAAGAUUAUGUCAGCAUUAUAUAAAUUCCAUCUUAAAUAUUUCCUAGCGCUGAAUAUUUACUGACUGGAUAGCCUACACAAUUCUGGGCGAGAGAAAGAAAAAAGACUCUUCCAGCAGCACUCUUAUUUAUAAAUGAUAUAAUCGUAAUGGAUAAUAUGGAAUCGAUUCUGCAUCUAAAGGGGAAGUAAAUUCUUAUACAAUAAUACAUAAGCUAGCUGAGACUCCCCCAUGCUUUAAUUUGUGGGUACCAGAUGCUCGAGUCUCUACACGAUUUUUCAUUGUGCUAUAUUCUCACCUAUCCAAAAGGCGAAAUUGACAUGUACAGUAUAUGUACAUGUCAUACCUAUAUACACGGGUCUUAGCCAGGGGCGAAUGUGUCCCUGCUAUCUUUGUUGUAAUUAUGUGACCAGCUUUUUAAAUAAAAUAUUAAAAGUUACAUUUUAUUGUAUAAGAAUUUACUUCCCCUUUAGAUGCAGAAUCGGAUUCCAUAUUAUCCAUUACCAUUACGAUUAUAUGAUUCGUAAAUAAUAGUGCUCCUGGAAGAGUCUUUUUUUGUCUCUCUCUCUCCCAGAAUUGUGUAGUCUCUAUCUACAAAGAAAUUCCAGGAUCACCACCAAUAAAAAUACUGUAUAGAAUUGAAUAUUUACAGUUCAGCAUAUUGGUUUAUUGAAUAUUUGUUGACCGUACCAUGUUGUGACCAGUGCAAACUCACCCUCCCUCCUGUACUGACUGGAUAGCCCCAGGGGAUUAAUUAGCCUGCAGUAAAUUACCAUAAGCAAUUGAAUUCCUCCCACAGCGGUAAUGUGUCCAUAUCUGUGUGGAGAAGGGGUUGUAAUGAUAUUUAUGCACAAUAUGGCAGAUUCCAGCUUAUUAUUAAUUUUGGAAUUGGACUAUAUAAUCAAGCUGUGGGGCAACCAUUCAUAUCUAAAUGCUGUACAUUAGUUUCAGCAUUGUAAGCACACUAGUCAUACCAUUAUCUGUAGAUAAGUGUGUCCAGUUAUAACUAUGCAC